CCAAAAACGAGCUGAAAUUUUUAGGGUAUAAAGUUCUAUUAAUCAUUAUUUUCUUAAUAUUUUCUAUACAAAAAUCAUUCUUUUGAGAAUUCUUAAACGAAUUUCAGCGUUUUGUUCAGACUGUUCUCUCCCACAUGUGUGCCUAGUGAUAUCCUGCUACCUUCAUAGUAUCCUUUCGCUAUUGGCAUCUAUUGUUUAAUUGUAGUUUGCUAAACUGAUGUACUCGUUUUUUCAUAAUAUUUUCUUAUUUUUCUAUUAAAGAUCGACAUUUUUGAAGCUUGGAUACGCUUUUUUACCGUCUUUGUAACUUUCUUAAUAAUUUUUUCCGUGACAACCUCAGGAUACCUUUUUCCCUUCUUUUUAUAUUCUGAUAGAUUCUCAUACAAGGUAAUUUCUGGAAAUGGCUUUUCGAUCUCCUCUUCGCAAGUUUGACUUUUUUCAAAAGACCGUUGAAGACGCUCGUAUAAAAACCGCCAGCGGUGGUCUUAUUACACUAAUCUCUUCCGCUAUUGUUCUCUUUGUAAUCCUUUUAGAAUGGAUUCAAUACCGUAAGGUGGUUGUUGUUCCAGAAAUCGUCGUAAACCCAUCUCAUGGUGAGCGUAUGGAAAUUAAUUUCAACGUUACCUUUGCAAAGAUUCCAUGCCAGCUUUUAAGUGUGGACGUUUUGGAUAUUAGCGGUGAAUUUCAACAAGACGUCCAGCAUUCUGUUUCUAAAACUAGGCUUUCCCCUGAAGGAAAAGUUAUUUCCGUAGACAAUUUACUGCUGAAUGAUCCGGAGAACGACCAAGAUCCUUUAAAUACCACUCCUGAGGAAAAGACAUGUGGUGAUUGUUACGGUGCUGCCGACUUUGCUCCUGUUGAUACUCCUGGCUGUUGCAACACAUGCAAUGCGGUACGUGAAGCAUAUGGUCGAGCUAAUUGGGGUAUCGGCGAUGUGGAUGCGUUCAAACAAUGUAAAGAAGAACAUUUUAAAGAAAACUAUGAGGCUCAAAAAGUAGAGGGUUGCAAUCUGGCCGGUCAAUUAUUCGUAAACCGCAUGGCAGGUAACUUUCACAUUGCCCCCGGCCGGUCGUCCCAAAAUGGUAUAAAUCACAUACACGAUACUCGCGACUUUUCGAAAGAAAAGGAGCUACAUGAUAUGAGCCAUACCAUUCAUCAUUUGAGCUUUGGUCCUCCUCUUGAUCCUUCUAUUGCUAAAGAAAACCCUUUAGACAAUAUGGUGAAGAAAACCAACAUUCCCGACUACAGAUAUGAAUACUUUAUCAAAUGCGUGUCUCAUCAGUUUAUCCCAUUAAAAGCUGGUACAGGAAUUAUUGAUACUAAUCGCUAUGCUGUGACACAACAUGAACGACCAAUUCAUGGUGGUCCUGAAGAGAAACUUCCCUCUCAUAUUAAUCACAGAGGCGGUGUUCCUGGCCUAUGGUUUCACAUUGAUAUUAGUCCUAUGCGCGUCAUUCAUCGCCAAAUCCAAGGAAAUACUCUUGGAGGCUUCUUGACAAACGUCCUAUCUCUUUUAGGCGGAUGUGUUACUUUAGCGGCCUUUAUUGAUCGUAGUUUGUAUGAAGUCAAAAAGCUCAAGAAAACAUGAACUUGAACUCAGAGUCGGACGAGUUACAAAAGAAGUUUUUUAUAUGAUUAAUAACUCUCAGGAUCCAAAUACUUAGUCGGAGAAGGCUACUAUAAAAGAUGUGAAGAAGUCAGAAACGAAAUCACGAGU